CCCACUAAUACUUUCUCUCACACUCCUACUUCUUUACUCUUUAGAAGCUCCGCCUCUCUCGAUCCCUGCUCUCUCGAGCUUCUUACAGCCAGAAGAUAAAUUGGAGACAAUGGGGCUGCCAAAUGACACUGGGGACUUAGCAUCAGAGAUGGAGGUGGACGCAUUCAGGCGACUCUUCCCUAUUCGCUUCUAUGAGCGCCAUCUCGCGGAAUCCAUACGGCCUGAUGCCAGGCUACUUUCUAGAGCUAGAGAUACAACGCUAGCCCUAGGGGCUGUUGCAUCUGCUGAUGGGUCUGCAUUAGCAAAGAUUGGUUCAACAACAAUGUUAGCUGCUAUUAAAAUGGAAGUCAUGACCCCUUCUGUUGAAUUUCCUGAUGAGGGCUGCGUAGCUGUUGAAUUCCACAUGCCUCCAAUUUGUUCUCGGCUUGUAAGACCUGGUAGACCAGCUGAUGCGGCACAAGUAGUGUCAAAGCAGUUGUCUGAUGCUAUAUUGAGUUCUGGCAUGAUCAAUUUAAAGGAAUUAUCCUUACUUAGUGGAAAAGCUGCCUGGAUGGCAUACCUGGACAUAUACUGUUUGGACGCUGACGGUGCUCUUUUUGAUGCUGCAUUGCUGUCAGCUGUUGCCUCUUUCUCUCAUUUGCAAAUUCCAGUAGUUUCACUAAAUGAUGAUGGAAAAAUAGUUGUGCUGUCCGAGGAACAAGAUGGAGGAAAUUUGGAUAAGGAGCCGGUCAACAACGAGAAGAGGAAGCUCACACUAAGUAGCAUUCCAUUCUCACUGAUGUGUGUACUUCACAAGAAUUGCAUUUUGGCAGACCCCACUGCCGAGGAAGAGUCGAUUAUGGAAACUGCUGUAACUGUAGUUUUGGACUCAUCAAAUCAGCUUGUGGCCCUAUACAAGCCUGGUGGUCCAGUUCUGGCCCGUACAUCUGUUAUCCAGGAUUGUGUUGCAUUAACAAGGCAGAGAAUAAAGGAACUUGAGAAUAUUUUAGAUGAGGCCAUUUCUGGCAUGGAGGUUGACUGAGUUUUUAUAUAGAGGUGUUCGACUAUCAACUAGCGGUUUGUUUGGUGCGUAUUAAAUUUGUCUGUGUACAUUCCAGUUCCACCUUAUCCCUUUGAUUAUAUUAAUUCUGGAAACACGAUACUUUUAAGCUAAAGUCUUUGGCCGAGAGAGAAAUGAAAUUCCGGAGUCUAAAACCAGAAGCUGGUAAAGCAGAUAAGGAUUGAGAAGAUUCCGAAGCUAGGGCGAUGAAGAAGGUAAAGAUUCUUUUCCAAUAUGAAGAACUGAACUAGCUAGAAAGCCCUUCCUCCAUGAAAGGAAGGGCGGGAAGGAAUCAAACGCAACGCGCCAGCUAAGAAGACAGGAUUGUUUGCGAUUUGUGUGGCAGCUUGGUUGUCACAGUAGAAGGGCAUAGGACCACCUUCAAACACGCGUAAUUCGCAUAAAAGUUUUGCCAUUAGACUGCAUUGCAUUCUAUAGGCAAUUAGUGGACAUUUUCCUUCUCUCUGGUGUGGAUCAAACAUUGAAGCGUUUGGUCCAAUUUCAUGCACUCAAAAGUUUGGUCGUUGUUUUACUCUUAUUAUUUAUUCUAGUUCCUUGUCUUCUACAGA